CUGCAGACAGUAGAUCAAGACAAAUCUGGCAAAAUAACUGCUACUGAAUUGCGACAAGCCCUCUUCAAUAACAACUGGUCUCAGUUUAACCCUGAAACUUGCCGCUUAAUGAUUGGCAUGUUCGACAAAGAUCAGUGAGUGUUUAAUCUAUUAAUUUUUAUUUUUCAAGAAGCACAUGUAUGACCCUAUAUCAAGGAGUAAUAUCCUGUUCACCAAAACGUAGUAGAUAAGAGAGUAACUUCUUACAAUACCCUUAUGCUCCCAUCCACAAGACUUUUUAGACACGUAUAGUACUACCUUAUUCUGUCUCCAAGAAACUAUGAUGAUUACACUGAUUGAAAAGUUUACUAAUUAUUCAAUCAUAUUUAAGUGGUCUCUCAUUCUUUCUGUUCUAUUUGUGUUUUCUUAGGUCUGGAACAAUUGAUAUUUAUGAAUUCUCUGCAUUAUGGAAGUACAUUCAGCAAUGGAAACAGUGUUUUGACAGGUAGUAUUUAAACUCCACUGAAAAACAUGAGAAAUGGAAUAUAACAUCCCUUUUGAUUGACUCUAUUAUAAAAUUGUUAUUAGACUUAUUGUAAGCCAGAGUCAAGUCAAAAUUUGCAACUGCAGAAUUGCACUGUGUUUACAAAGCUUUUCUCUAAGAAAAAUUGUAUCAAAGUAUCAAAUAUACUUUUGAUACAUAAAGGAUUGCCAGAGCACCUUAUGGAAACGAAAAGGUCUAUACCUUUUGUGAAUCUCUUAACCAGUUGGCUAAAUGCAUUGGUAAAACCAUAUUUCAUGUUUAACUUCUCAUUAUGCAGUAUCUCUCUUCCUUAGUUACCCUGUUAUUUUGUCAAAUGAAAAUGUUUGUAGUUUGUGGUGCUAAUAACAUGUUCCUUGUUAUUAUAGUUUUGAUCGUGAUAGAUCUGGAACGAUAGAUGCUAAUGAACUGCAAACAGCAUUCACAAGCUUUGGAUAUAGACUGUAAGUUUGGUGGCAGUAAUGAGAGCACUUGCUUCCACUUUGUUGCAUGGGUUCCUAUCUUGGAGAAUUGUGUCAAUAUAAUUUCAUAUAAGUUGAGUUUUUGCUGGUCCUCUUCCUUGCUGCUAUCAGUUUUUCUCUAGCCACUAACUGGCCUUGCUUCUCGCCCUCAAACCCUCGAAAGUAACCCAUGAUUUUUUUUUAUAACAGUGUGAAGAACUCCCUUGAGUAUUGGCCCUGUUGUACAAGGUGCAUGGUUAAUUGAGGGUACUAUCCCCAUUCUCAGAUUAAAGGAAGGAAAUCAAAUCCAGCAGUUUGAAGAUUUAACCUAUUGGUUUUUUUCUUCCUUCAGAUCACCAAAUUUCUGCAACCUUUGUGUAAGGAAAUUUGAUCGCCUGAAUCUCCGCACCAUGAAGUUUGAUGACUUUAUUCAGUGCUGUGUUAUGCUAAAAUCACUUACAGAUGCGUUUAGAAAACAUGAUCAUCAACAGACUGGCACAGUUACUAUCAGUUAUGAACAGGUAACCAGGGAAAGAGAUUUGUUUGCGAUAAUCCCUAAAUUGUUUAAGUAUUGAAUUAUUCUGCUCUGAUUUCAUGUUCUGCAUCACACUGUUGGCUAUUUUAAGCCUAAUGAAAUGAUGAAAAUAGAUGUUUUUUGCUUGUUUUGAAAUAUUUUGUGAUUUUUGCUAGUAUAUUUAUUGUUUUCCACUCAGUCACAACUUGACAAAAACAGUUACAGCUUUUAUGAUUAGAGUAAUAUCGACUUUGUGGUGUUAAGUCACCCAAGCACAACCUUCAAGCUGAAUCACAUAGCAUGAUGUUUGUAGUAUUAACAACAAUACAAUCAGAGUCUGUCAAGUUUUACAAGAAGAAACGAACAAGCAGAAAAAGGCUCAAGGGAUUAUAUGAGUUAUUAACAACUGUGUCCCUUAGUAGAGGUGGGUGACCGGGAUGUUCAGGGUCUUCUACCACUUUUGGCAAAGCCAGCCCCCAGACAUAGUUACCCCCUACCCCUCCCUCCUACACCUUCCAGCCAUGAGCUCCUAAGCUAAUGGAACCAGUCACCUGAUACACUAAUUUUGGAGUGGAAAAAAGGGGGGAAGGGUGGGGCCAAAUGAACUGCUCAGCUGGAGGGCCAUCAGUAAACACUGUACCAAGCUCAUGAAGCUGACACAAGCAAGACUAGCCAUGUUUGAGCCACCAAACUGAACACUAACAAACAAAAAGAGAUGACUCUACUUCUUGUUAAUUGCAUUAAAAUUGAUAUCAUGUAACUUUAUAGAAACCCUAACAACAACAAAAAAGACCUCUCAAGUUUGAAAAAGGGAAGGUGAGCAGGAAUCCAAGCAAGAUUAACAGCGAAAGAACUAAAAAGGAAGCUAUAUAUAUGAUAAACUAUACCCUUACUCUUAAUUGGCAUUCACAAUGGGUGUUAAGUUUUUCUGUUUCUUUCUUACCUUCAAUGGCUGGAAAACAACACUUUUAAUACUUAGCUCUGCAUUUUGUGUUAGGAUACUCUUGUUAAAGAAAUAUGUCUUGUUUCUUUUAGUUUUAUUUGUGGAAUAGGGAUUAAUAUUGUUUUUUUUUUUCUUUUCAGUUCCUAGAAAUGGUUCUUGGCCAUACAUUAACUGGUUUAUAA